AUAGAAAUUCGAAAUAUAAAAAAUAUACAUUUUUAUUUCAUCCAAAAAAAAAAAAACAAAGAUUAGAGGCUGCCCAAUCCUCUGGGCUGAGCAGGCUCCCCUCUUUCUAUCCAUACCCACAAGACUCUCCACAACAAAACCCAUUCUUUCUGUAGCACACAUUCACAUGGCAACUGGAACAAUGGCUGCCAUCUUUUCUUUCCGCCUCACAACGCUUGCUCCACACUCCGCUAUUCGAUCGGCAACAAUCCCAUCUACGCCGUUAAUCAAGAAACGCGCCUCGUCUCUCAAUCUCACUUCCUCGCGCUCCAUUUGCGGCCUCCGCCCCCUCGUUCUGACCCAAACCCUCAAUACCUCCAGCCCAUCUCGAAGAAAUCCACAGCCGCUCACGGUGGUGUGUGCGAAAGGCUACAAAAUGAAGACCCACAAGGCUUCGGCUAAGCGGUUUCGCGUCACGGGGAGCGGGAAGAUUAUGAGGAGGAGAGCAGGGAAGCAGCAUUUGCUCAGGAAGAAGAAUACCAAGAGGAGAUUGAGGCUCUCUAAAUCGAUACAAGUUGAUCGCAGCGACUACAACAACGUGUUAGGCGCCUUGCCGUAUUUGAAAGUAAACCGAGCAAACUGAAGCUGAUGGAUUUUGUCUUGUGUAGAGAGAGAGAGAGAGCUUUUCUUGUUUCAGUGCACUCUUCACCUUUUGCCAAUUGAAAAUAUUUCUGUAUCAUUUCCCAUUUCCAGUUGUAUAAUUGUAAAAUUUGUUAAGAGCAUCACUUUUUAGCUGAGA